AUGUCGUUCUUUGGCUUUGAUACUACCCUGCCCAGGGAUCGCGACCAUGGUCCUCCGGCACCUAAGGGUUUCUUCGAGAACCCUGAUCCCUUCGCCGAGGUGGCUCGUGCGACCGCGCAGGAUUAUGACGAGCUCGACUUUGAGGAUACCUAUGAUGGGUUGGGUGAUCAGCUCGAUAACGACCAGGAUGUCUUUAACGACGAUACCUUCGGGGGCGGCGAAGCUAGCUCUGGCAAAGUCGGCCGUGACUUUGACUUCUUCGGCAGAACUGCCCAGGUAGCUGAUGCAAUUGGCGAGGAGCAGGUUCGGUUUAGUUUACAAAAUCCAUCAGUCGCUGCUCCUCCCUACGAUGAGCACCCCACUGCCCAGAUGCCCGUCGUCGAACAGACCCGUCGCUCGGGUUAUGAGAAGUAUUCCGAUCCCGGAUACAUUCCCGACCUACAGGCCAAAUCAAGCGUUUGGGGUAUUCCUAAGAAGCAAGACCCAAUUCCUACAACAUCGGCUGCACGGACUAUGUUGAGCUUGGAGGAGGUGGAGGCACAAAUGCGCCAUCGCCUCCAGUCUGCUGCACAAAUGCCACCGCAAUCAAUUCCUCAAUCGAUGCCUGAUCAGUCCUACUUGCGCCAAUACCCAAUGCCUACAUUUCCUGAGGGCUUCCCCAAUCUGCCCCCAGAGCUCAUACGGGCACAGCUUGAAAAGGGUGUGCUUCCUCCGCCGAUGCCCCCCCACCUUCCCCCAGGUAUUCAGGAAAUGUAUGGUGGACCUCAACAGCAGCAGCUCCAGCAGCAGAACAUGGCGCCGCCGCCCACACGCGGGACCAAUGGUGGAUUACCGGUGAUUACCAACCCGCAACAGCUCAUGCACCUGACUGAGGAAGAACGGAAUGCUUAUCUCGUGGAGGAUGCGAAGCGGGCAAAGCGAAACCACAAAAUAUUCCUUUUGUCGCGAGGCAAUGGCCUUAUGACCCCCCAGGACAAGAACUUCAUCACCCGCAUUCAGCUUCAGCAACUGGUCGCGGCAGCUGGAAACGUUGCGGAUGCCGAUCCAGAGGCUGUGUUGGCCGAGGACUUCUACUAUCAGGUCUAUAGUCAGAUUCGCGGGGCACCUCGCCAACACCCUCAUCAGCCACUUGGCCACUUUGCUCAGACUUAUCUCCUCCAGACCGGAAAUCGAGUCGGUCAUGGGCGCCGAGGAUUCCAGGGUGCAGACAAUCAUAUGCAGCGGAUGCAACAACAAGUUCAGCGUGCAGUCGAGGCAGCCAAGGCCAAGCCUAAGAACAAGCAGCUUAUCAUCGAGGGCAGCUUAGGCAAGAUCUCAUUCAGCAACGCCAAGGCUCCAAAGACGAUGCUCAGCGUCAAGCGGCCCGACUCCGAGGCACCUCGUCCCAAGAAAGUGCCGUUGAGCUCCAGCGACAGGAAAUCAAUCCUCACCAAUAUUGAGCGAGUUUAUACUGCUCUGAUGGCAAUGGAAGACAUGGAGCGGACAAUGCCACCGCCGCCAGAUGAGGACGAUGCAGAAGCUAUCCAAAAGCAUGUUGAAUGGAGACAGAAUGCCCAUACCAUCAACCGCAAACUGUGGCGGUCCCUCAAGGUCAUGGAGCCUAUUGUGCCCAAUUCCACGACUCCCCAUCCCUUCAUCGCAUUUUUGUCGUACCCCAAAGGAAAGAAGGCCAUCCCUCGUAUUUUCCGUCACAUCGACCAAGAACAACGCGUCACCAUCCUCACCAUGAUUGUGGUACAUUUGGAUAGCUUGGAUGUGGUUCACCUGGCCCAACCCGCACCUGGUGAGGCUCAGCCGCCUGUUGCUGUCCGUGAAGCCAUUGACCUGUUCUCACUGGCCGUCAUGCCCAGCCUGCUGGGCUAUGUGAACGAGGCCCCCUUCCACAUUAUCAUCGGUCUUUUGGGACUCGUCAUUGCCCAAACCCAUGUGGCAAUUGUUGCCCGCACCAAGGUCGGACUGGGCAUUCUUACCAUGUUGCUCAGUCGCGCAGAGAUCGUCAAGGAGGCCGGACAGGCUCCAGAUCGUGAUUGGCAGCAGUGGGUCGAGAAGUUCAACGUGCUUUUCGAUACCCUAGAGCCCUUCUUGGCCAACCUCUUCCCUGGGUCAAUCAAUUCAGGCGAUGAUAUGUACGUGUGGCAGUUCCUUGCCGCCGUUGGUAUUGGUGCUAGCCCUGAGCAGCAGCAACGUUUGGUUAUUGCUGUCAAGGAUCGAGUAAUGGAAACUGUCAGUUACAGCAAGACUCUUCCCGCCGAUAUGUCCAGCCAGCGUCUGGGAAAUGUCAACCUCUUCAUGCGGGCCAUCGGCCUGGAUGUUGAGCUCCUCGGUUGA